AUGACUGUCACAUCAGAAUCCCAGCCCUACAAUGGGCCUAUUGGUGAGACCCGCCAGUUCUCCGGCGAGGUCAAGGUGAAAUGGUACCGGUCAACCUUUUUUAACAUAACGAUACUGGGGCUUUGCAACUUUGCAGCCCCUGGAAUAUGGACAGCAAUGAAUUCGCUCGGGGCUGGCGGGACCGCCAGUCCUGCCCUUUCAAAUGCGGCGAACGCGCUGACCUUCUGCUUGAUGGUCGUGUCGUGCUUUUUCUCAAGUGCAAUGGUGCAUUACAUCGGGAUAAAGGGCGCCCUGAUCUUUGGGACUAUCGGGUACGCUCCUUAUGCUGCUGGCCUUUACACGAAAAGCAGAUACGAUGUGGACUGGCUUUUACUCCUCGGGGCAGCACUCUGCGGUAUAUCAGCCGGUGUGUUUUGGAUGGCAGAAGCAGCUAUUGCGAUCGCGUAUCCUGAGCCAUGGAACAAGGGGAAAGCCUUGGGAUAUUGGCUCACCUACCGAUUGUCAGGGCAGAUCAUCGGUGGAGCUGUCAACUUGGGUCUCAAUGCCGACCGAGAUCAGGCGGGUCAAGUCAGCUACACGGUCUACAUCCUCUUCAUUGCAAUUCAAGCCGCCGGCCCAUUUGUCGCUCUUCUACUCAACAAACCUGAUAAAGUGCAGCGAAAAGACGGCAAGAAAGUCAGCUUGGAAAUUCUUCAGAAUCCUUGGUACGAGAUGAAAAAGACCGCAAGACUUUUCCUCACCAAAAAGUUCCUAUUAAUCGUGCCGUUCAUCGGCCAAGCAGUCUUCGCAGAAGCAGUCUUCUUCACGUACCUGUCUUUAUGGUUCAGUGUUCGCGCCAGAGCGUUGGGGUCGUUCGUGGGUGGUCUGGCAGCUAUUAUCACAGGCAACUUGCUCGGCUACUGGAUCGACCGAACAAACAUUCCUCUCAAGCGUCGCACCCGACUCGCUUUUGCCGUCAUUGUCACUUUGCAAGGUGCAUGGUGGAUAUGGGUUACAGUGAUGGUGACCAAAUUCAGUCUAACCCACCCAACGUAUGAUUGGUCAGACCCGGGCUUUGGCCAAGGUUUUGGAGUCUUCGUUUUCUUGACAGUUGGCUUUCAACUGAAUUACUUGUACUUAUACUUUGUUGUUCAAAACCUCGCCGGCGGAGAUGAGCCUCAGGUCAUUCGACAUGCCGCUCUCCUUCGAGGAACAGAAUCAGCGUGGCAGGCGCUGAGUUACGGCCUCGAGUCCAUCACCGUCUUCGCGGAGCAUGGGGGUGUUUAUAUGAACUUCGCUCUAUGGGCUGUAGCCGUGGCUCCUGCGUGGUUGGUUGUGAGACAAUUUGGUGUGGGAGCUACAGGCUCGACUGAAGCUGUAGCAUCAGCCGUAGAUACUGAUACAUCUGACGACAAGGGCGUCCUGACCAAGGAUGGAAUCUCAUAA